GCGCAUGUCUAUCGCGCAGAGUUUAUGGUUUUCAAAACAAAAACAAAUUUUGACAUGCAAAAAGCGUGUUGAAUUAAUAGUGAUUUAAUUUUAUUAUUUAACGAAGUUUAUUCAUAGAAUUUCAACACAAAGACUUAAGGACAGUUUAAUAUAUUAAAAUAUAAUUUAAUCGUAAUAAUCAAAGAAUAGAAUUUUAAUAUAUAAAAAUAAAAUAUUAUCUUUCUCUUACAAUAGAAUGGAAUUUGAUAGUUACUGGAGUAGUUGUAUUCGUCUAAUAGAAAAAACAUUCGUUCCACGUGUCCCAGAAGGAAAACAUCGUCCAUGCACUGAAGAUGAUUUUAAAAAUUAUCGAAACAUUGUCAAUCAAAAUUGUCAGGAUAUUUUGUCAAUUCUACAACAUAUUUUGGAUGAACACAAUGAAACAAGUAUGUCAUUAAAUUCUUCAAAAGUUAAUAUUUUUAAAAGUUAUUGUAUAAUAAUGAUCGGUGAACACAGUAAAAAAAAUCUUUGGACUACAAUUGAAUCUCUUAGUUUAUGUAAAAGAAUAUCAGAAAUUCUUUGUGAUUUAUAUUCAUCGGAAAAUUUCUCUCAACUUAUUGAGAAAAAUAAUGAAGAUGUUGGUCGCAUUCUUACCACAUUAAGACCAAAAUUAUUAAAAGACACAUGGAAAACUUAUCCUGCAUCAAUUAUUUGUUACAAAUGGUUUGUCACUCAAUUGACAAAAUCAACAAUUAUUAAUUAUUUCAAUGAUAUAAUACCCACAGCAUUAAUAAUUCUAGAUGACUUUGAAAUGGAGAAUAGAAUUUUAGGAUUACAAUGUAUUUCUGAAAUUGUAAAACAUUGUCACAUGGAAAAACAAUUUGUCAAAUCAGGUUAUGCUGAAAUGGUACUUUUUAAUCUUGACAAAUUUAUCUUUGAAAAAGAAUUGAAAUGUACAUUAUUGUUGUACAAUUGUAUUGGAAAAAUUUUAAAAUCAUUAGAAUUACAUAAAGAGAACUUUAACACCUUCGAAUGGAAUGAACGUGAUAAUGUUCUUGAGAAAUUAUUCGAUAAGAUGGAGUGUGAAAAUAAUCAAGAAAUUCGUCAAUCGUACAUGAUUAUUUUAGGGGAACUUUUAAAUUCACCUGGUUGUUGUAAAUGGUGCGCGAGAGUGAUACGCAUUGUUGAUGGUUACUGUGAACAUUAUGAUGAUUUAAAUCAUUUGAAAAUAAUUUUAGAAAAUAUGAAAAUUAUUCUUUUUCGAUUUGAAAAUCAAAUUUCGUCUCAUAGCGAAAGUUUGUAUAAAAUAUUUCUGAAACUCUAUAUCAAUUUAAUUGAAUUAGAAGCGAGUGAAGAGAUUUUUCAAAUUUUAGAGGAUUGUUUAUAUUUAGUGUGUCAAUCAACGCCAGAAAUUACCAAAGCAUUGAUGCAAGACGAACGAAUAAGAAAUUUAAUAUCGAAAUUUCGAAGUGACUUUGUUAAUAAAUUGUCUGAAAUUACCAAUUGAUUAUCAAUAUAUUUUUUUAUUAAUUUAA